AUGGAGCCUGGAGAAACCUCUUGCCACUGGCAGCCACGCACUGUCUUGCGGGUGUUUCUUCCUCUGCUUAUGCUGGUUUGCAUAGGCAGAACCUAUCUCGCGGACAGCCGACUCUCGUGGGGUAUGUCGGUGGUCCGAGGAGAGAUGAAGCGUUUGGCCCCUGCUCCUAUCUUCGAUUUGAUGGGGCAAUUGAGUACCGAUAGGAACGGGACUCUGCAACUGCCUUCAAUCGACGAUGCUGCAGUAACUCCACUCGUCGUACCUAGCUUCCCAGCAGCCCCGUCCACGCAGCAACCUUCUCCCACGUCAAUCUCGUCAUCCCCGGCCCCAGUAAGUACAGGCAUUAUAUCGGUGCCUACAACCACCCCCACCUCCUCCACAUCCAUGCCUGUGACGGUAUCCAAGCCCGCGCUCUCUACCGACAUGCCUUCUGUGUUUUUCCUGGCCGAUCAGCAAAGUCUGCCUCGCAGCAACACCAAGUGCCCGCCAGAAGUUCGCGUUAGUGAGUGGAAUGGCAGAAUUGGCAACCACUUCUUUCAGGUGAGCCAGGCCAUUGUAGCAGCGCUUUUCUGCCAUAUUACGCGUGUCAAAUUUCCACCACAUAUCAGCACACGCUACCAGCAGCAGGAUGGUUUGCUGGACAUGCCUGAAGAGCUUACCUUGCCGGGAGUCGACCGCCAUGAAGAGUUGAAAGUCCCAAGCAGCUGUCCGAAGCAGCUAACUCACAAGUGGUACCACCAGCAUUGCCAGAUGGUACCCGCAUGGCACCACCAGCAGGUAAUGCACAAGUUUCUUUGGCCAUACCUGGGUCAGACCCUUACAGACCUUGUGCAUUCACCACAACAAUCUGCAGCUGACGCUGUGCUGACUAUCCAUUUACGUGCCGAUGAUAUUCGACAGUAUGGCAGGUAUGAGUGGGCUCAGCCACCUUGCAGCAUGUAUCAAAAGAUUAUUUCCGACUAUGGCUACAAGACCUUGAUGAUCGUAUCAAAGAGCAAUCCUGUAACGCGGCGCUCGGAUGCUGCUUGUGACAGCUGGCUGGUGGACUAUGGGCGCACACACGGCAUCAACAUUCUCCGGCCAAGGAACCUAUCAUUAGCUGGCGACUUGGCAACAAUGAUUCGUGCGAAGAACUUCGUGCUGUCCUUCUCCAGCUUUUCUUUGUCAACUGCGCUGCUCAGCAACGACCUGCAGGUGAUGUACCGGCGGCGUGACGCGAAAUGGUUCAGCAUAUUGCAUGCCAUCGUGAACUGCAAUGUGUGGACAGGUGUUACCCUGUACGAGUACAACACAAGCCUGCAAGAAGAACGGAAAGGUGGGCCGCGCCGUGUCCGCGACCUGUGGAGGGCGCAACGGCACACAGUCGGCGUGCAGGCAAGUGGGGCGCUCUUCGAAUUGACACGCCGCGGCCCAAAGAACGCGGACGUUAGUGACCCGAUCCUCGGAAACACUGGAAAUGCAGCACUGAGACAGGCAGAGUUGCAAUGCUCAAUGACAGCUACGCCCUUGCUGGAUUCUGCCCUUUAUGAGGUCCUCUCGGCCGACGACUUGUCCUUCCAGCCCGCCCCCCUGUCCUUGCUCUUCCAGUCGCAAUACGACAUGUUCAUGUACUUCUGCUCCAACAGCUUUGCGAGAGGUUGUCUCACCCCCCUUUCCGGGACGGACGAACCGGGCAAUCUCUGCCCCUUCCAGCUCGUCGUACUGCUUCGUGCAUUUGAAGUUCUGGAGGAUGUUGGGGGUGGUCGAUGGGACCUGCUGUUUGAGCUUCAGGUCCCACUGAUGAAACAGCCAGGUCUGCGUGCGCUGAUCGCUCCGGAUCACCUCGUCCAUGGCCCGCUUGAGCUGUCCCACCAGUGCCCCUUUGCACAAAGGGCUUGGUUCGCCAUGGAAGAGUCAGGGUUGAACUUCAAGCUGAAGGAGGUCGGUUUAGGGGCCAGACUGGUGUACGACUUGAACCCGAAGGGCCUGGUGCCAGUCCUGGUAGACCCAUCUGGGAAAGUGAUUGUGGAGUCAGAAGAUAUCGUCGAUGCCAUUGCCCAAAAGUCUUCAAAAGCCCUCAGCGCAGCAGCAAGCCCGGAUGCAGUGGAAAUCCGACGGCUGAUCAAUCAACGCCUUCUGCCUGCUGGCAAACAGGCGAAAAUGUUUGGGCAGCAAGCAGACUUGGGUCCAGUUCUUCAAGCUUUGGAUAAGCUGGUUGCCGGCCCUUUCAUGGCAGGUGACGAGGUUACGGUGGCCGACAUAUCUGCAGCACCCAUGCUUCAGCGGCUUUUUGAAGAUGGGAUGGUUCCGAAGGAGCUCACCAAUCUUCACUCCUGGUGGAGCACGGUAAACGCACUGCCCACGUUCCAGAAGACGAUGGUGAGUUCGUAUUGGUGGUGGUGGUGA